AUGGAUGUCAAGGAGCAGGCAGAGAUUAAUUCGGAUGAAAAACUGGAGCAGGAAGUAUUGCGUGAGGUUGAGGUUGGGUUUUUGGUAAACUUGGUGAGUUGGCCCAUUUUGUUGAUAAUAUGUGGACUGUGUUUCCAUGUGCUGACUACCCGAACAAUACCCUAUCUUUACAUAGACGAGGUGUUCCAUGUGUCGCAGACGAUACAAUAUAUUAACGGGGCCUGGAGUUCGUGGGAUCCGAAAAUUACCACACCUCCCGGUUUGUAUGUACUUGGAUGGUUCAACUAUCGUGUGAUGCGAGCAUUGACAUCGUGGUCAACGCUGGCCAUCCUGCGGCUCACCAAUCUGAUUGGUGGGACUGUGAUUUUGCCCGUGGUGGUUUUAAGGCCAUUGUUUCUAUUCAACGCAAUAGGGUUCUGGCCUGUGUCGCUGAUGUGCUUCCCGCUUCUGGCAACUUUCUACUUCCUGUACUACACAGACGUGUGGUCCACCAUCUUCAUUUUGGAAUCACUGACGUUAGCGAUAACCCUGCCGUUUGGGGAAAACAAGAGCAUUUGGUUGAGUGCGCUAUGUGCGCUUGUGAGUUGCUUUUUCAGACAAACAAACAUUGUGUGGAACCUUUUCGUGAUGAUAGUUCUGGUAGAAAGAAGAGCCAUGAUCCAAAAAGACUUUAACACGGUUCAUCUCAAUAACUACCUAAAAUUGGUGAUACAUUCGCUGGAAAACUGGAAACAACUAAUUGCUCCCUAUUGCAUCAAUUUUGUGCUUUUCGUGGUAUUCGUUAUCUAUAAUCGGUCUUUGACGCUUGGUGACAAAGAUAACCAUACCGCGGGUAUUCAUCUGGUCCAGCUGUUUUACUGCAUUGCUUUCAUUACCGUUUUUAGCAUGCCCAUAUGGAUCUCCAAACUUGGUAUAUGCCAGUAUCAAAGUCGAAUCAAGGCCAAAAAGGUGCGCACGGGCUUAGAACUGUUUGCGAUCAUGUUCAUCAUAAGGUAUUUCACUGUCGUCCACCCGUUCCUACUGGCUGAUAACCGGCACUACACUUUUUACGUCUUCAAACGAAUUAUUGCCAGGAAUUUCAUCUUCAAGUAUGUUCUGAUGCCUUGGGUUUAUCAUUUCUCUGUAUUCAAUUACCUGGAAGCAAUGAGAAGCAAGAUUAUGCAUUUCCACCCUGUUCUACCGAUAGAAAUAAAGAAUCCAACAGAGCUUCCAGUGCAACUUACACAUAUCUCUUGGACAGCCUUGAUUAUUUGCACAUUUCUGACAGUGGUUCCAUCGCCUUUAUUUGAGCCACGGUAUUACAUUUUACCGUUCAUGUUUUGGAGAAUAUUUAUGACUCCGGUGGGUGAAGGUCUUUUUGCGGAUCAAAAAACCGAUUUUGGAGAGCUAAGAGUUUGUAAAAGGCUUUUUUUGGAACUUGUUUGGUUCCUUUGCAUCAAUACCGUCACAUUGGCAGUAUUCAUACUUCAUUCCUUCACUUGGGAUAGCGAGGUAUAUCCUCAAAGGAUAAUCUGGUAA